GGUUGUUAUAACGACAUCCAUGAAACUGAGGCCCGGCUCCCUGGAGCCUUCGAGUUGAUGAUCCGAAAUGCCGCAAGUAAGCAGCAACAUACGACCAGACUUCUCCGCAGCCCCGGAAUGGCCCUAAGGACAGUAAGGGGCCGAGGAAGCUCUACACUUCCCCGCCGUGAUUGCCCAGAGCUUCCCCAACUGCCCCUGAGGAGGCCCAGCAUGAGGGCACGAGAUAUUGUCAGGCGCUGGCGAUGCCAGUUGGUACAGUAUGACCGCCCUCCAUACCUCAUAAGUGCCGCGUCCCUCGUGCCAGCGAAAGCAACUGCACAGCUAUUUCACGUCGCCCUUGCCGCAAUCCCAGUUCGUUCUCCUGCUCUAGACUGGGCCAGACUUUGUGACCCCUCAAGUCCCAACAGCCGCGCGUACACGAGGUAUCCGGACCCAAGCAAGAAAUUGAAGCCUUGCAGCACAGACCCGUUUACCAAGGAUGGGGUGCAUAAGUGGUGUGCAGCGUCAGAUCGGUAUGUCGAAUGUCAAACGUGCUGUCACAUGGAUAUUCCCGAAUGAGAUAAAAAUAAGUUACCAAAACCGUAAGGAAAGAAAAUUACAGAAC